UUAAUGGUGACGUUGCACUAAUGUUCCAACACUCCCCCCCCGAUUGGCCGUGCACCUCCUGUUGGACGGUAGAGAAGAACUGCGAGACCGACGGGGACGGAGCGCAGCUUCCGCUGAUAAUCUGAAAUCAUAAUCAUUUUGAAAAUUAUCAUAAGAACGUUGGACGUUUGUAGCGCGCCGCCCGCAUGGAUUCGACCUGCGCGCGCAUUGCUCUGUGACUCGCGCUGAACGCCAGGCGCCUGACUCCGCCCCCUUUCUCCCUCCCCUUCGCUGUGCACAGCCCCGUCCAGAGGCCCAGUGCGAACAUGGCAGCGGGCUGGCAGGAGGCCGCAACCCGGCAGGCCGAGCUGCUGUGCGGCCGUGUGAGGGAGCUACUGUCGUCCGGUGCGGCGCUGCUCCGCUCCGAGCUCGGCCUGGACCUGGGGCUGGAGCCCGCGCUCUGGCCGACGUGGCUCAUCCUCUCGGCCGCGCUGGUCGUGUUGCUUCUGCUCACGGUUCUCCUGUGGGCCGCGGCCUGCGGCGUCCUCCCCGGCUGGGGUAAGAGGCGAGCGGGCCGAGUGGCGGUGGAGCCCGCCGCGGAGAGCGUGGAGAGGAGCGCGCCCCUGCGGAGCCUCAAGGCGGAGGAGCCCAAGAAGAGGAGCCGGAAGAGGCCGGAGAAGAAACCCCAGCCGAAUGGCCGCGCCGUGGCCGAGCUCCAGGAAGAACCAAAGGAGGUCGAAGAAAUCCCCAAACCUGCCGCUGAGAUCAAGACCGAGAAGCCGAAGAAGAACAAGAAGAAAGCCAAGACUGAGGUGAAUCCAGCCAAGCCUGUGUCCUCCCCUGACGGAAAGGAGCCCGAUGAUGGUGCCUGGGAGACCAAGAUCAGCAAUCGGGAGAAACGGCAGCAGCGCAGGAAGGACAAAGCGGCUAGCGAUGACUCGGGCAGCCCGGGAGGGGUUGACCCCCCUGCUGCCUCCACUGCCUCUGCCACCCUUGCCACCCCCUUGGAGCUCCCAAAGAGCACAGCCGCUGCUCCCGUGAACCAGAGGAAGAACAAAGGGGAACAGUCACGCACCAAGGCUACAAAGGGAGAGGCUGUCAGUUCUCAAGCGAUGGCCAGCUUGACAGAGACGCAGGCUGUGAAUGGACGUGGUUGGACCAGCAACCCUGCUAAGAUCCCGGCCCCCGCAGCCGGCAUGGACAGAGACAACUGGACCCCCCUGCCCAAAGGGGUGGCACGCAGGAACCCCGAAACCACUCCCUGGGCUCAGGAAGUUGAAGGGUCGUGGACCGUCAAGGAUGGGAGGACGAAGAAGCAUGAGCUGAAUCCAGUUACCCUCAACAUGCUGUCUAUGAAUCCCACUGAGUCGAAGCCUGUGUCCGAGCGGCGGGAUGGUCACCUUAAAGUGGAUGACGAGUGGUCUGGCCUGAACGGAAUGGCUGCAGAUCCAAGCUCAGACUGGAAUGCCCCCUCUGAAGUCUGGGGUAACUAUGAGGAUCCCCAGCUGGAGACCCCUACACCACCUGAGGAGGUCCUCCCAGAGGCUGUGAAGGGCUCUGAUGAUGACAAGGAGAAGGAAGAUUCUGCCACAGCUGGAAAUGGCAAGUCCAAAAAGAAGAGAAAGAAGAAGAAGAAGCAAGGUGAUGACACUGGUGCUGCUCAGCAGGAGUCAGAGGAGCCGGCAAAGCCGAAGGAGGCUGCAGCAAAGAAGCAGGUCCAGCGCGUCCAGGAGAAGACGCUGACCACCCAGGCCCCUGUGCCCCCUCCUGAGCAGGUGAAGACAGAAAGACCAACAGCUGCCAAGAAGGAGAAGGAGACCGUGUCUCCCAAGCCUGCCAAACAAGUGCCACGGAGGCCAGCCGAACAGGAAGCCCCCGCCAAGCAGGCGAACCCGCCUCCCCCUUCUCAGAAAAAAUCCGAAGAGAACUGGGAGUCUCCGAAGCAAGUGAAAAAGAAGAAAGUCAGGAGAGAGACAUGAGUUCAACCCAGAGUUGAGAUGAAAUCAUAUGCAAAAGGAUUUUAAAGAAAAUUCAUCUUUAUGCAAUAAUUUGAGUGUACAAAAUUUUAUACAAAUUAGAACUGUACUUUUUUAACAUUUAACAAAAGAAAAAUCCAAGUUCUGAGUCUGCCCAGCUUCUAUCGUCCCAGCAGAGUGAGUCACGGGUCCUGCAGACUGCAUGUAGGAAAUGCACUGUAAGCCUUGUCAACAGGUGACAUUUCAGACUGACAUGUAGGUGGACCUAAGAUUAUAAAUAUUUUUUUCUUUUUUAUUCAAAAUGAAUAGUUUUGGAAUAUGUACGUUUAAUAAUCUAAUGUAGUAAACCUAUGUGUAAAUGGUUAAUUUUUGCAGUGAAACGUAUAGAAGAAAAGUCUUCAUAGCAGUCGUGGACCUCUCAUUCUUUGACGCUUCUGCAAAUUGCACACAGUACCAUAGUGCGGUGAUGCCUGCCAUGUAGUAAGAUCACCAGGUGAGUCGUAGACACCCGCAGAGCGUGUUGUCAUGACACUGGUACGACAGCAGGUGCAGGCCAAUGUGGGCUUCAGCUGUUUGGUGACUGCAGAGUCACUCGACCAGGUGUGUUUUCGGAAAUCGUUGUAGAGACACCCCCCCAAUUCAGUAAUGCUAAGAUUUUUUUUUCUUAGUGUUUUUUCCCCCCUUCAUUCUUAUAUUUUGCCCUCAUCUUUAACCAGAAGAUAUUUUGAUUCUGAUACUGUCUAAAAUUGAUUCUAGUCCCUCCUUUCAUAGAACCCACUUUGAUAGGAAAAAGCAACGUCAGAUUUAAAGUUCUUUUCAAUGUUUGAAAUCUGACUGCUGCAGGUUAUAGUUUUUCUAUGUUUUUAGUUCUCGAACUCAUUCCUGUUUUUUCCCUUUUUGUCGAGGAACUGAUGAGUGCAAUAUCUAAAGAAGUAACAGGCAGAAUGUUUUUGAACAGCUUUAAUCCAUGCGUCAUUAAUAUAUUAUCAGGAAUGAAAUUAUAUUGCCUUAACCUUUACUGUAUAUAAAAUAUCUGGUUAGAUUUUUUUUUUUUUUUUUUUUUUCCACUGCAUUGUACGUGUACCUUUCAUUCAGCCAAGCUUUUUUCCAGCAAGGACAACUUAAGUGUGACCUAAUAGAUUUCCUUGUGCUGAGUACCAUGUGUGGAUUUGUCUAAAUCGAUGGAUAGAUUUUUGUUUGGUAAUUUUGUGUGGUCUUGCUGCAAGAAAUCCAGUGGACUGUAAAUAGGGGCUCUUUUUUUUUUUUUUUUGUUUUUUUUUUUGUUUGUUUUCUGGUUAUACAAGGAGGACCAUGGAGAGCACCCUGGAAGUCUUGACUUUACUGAAACUGAAGUCAUUGGGACUUGGUGUUCGGGGCUUUCGAAGCAACUGUGCUCUGGAGUGUUACC